AUGUCUCCGCCUUCGCAAAAGGACAAGUCUAACUCUGGCACCGCUCGUGUGCUUGGAUCGGCUUCUGCUGGUAUCGCUGAGCUUGCGGUGUUCCAUCCCGUCGACACGACUGCUAAGCGUCUGAUGUCGAACAGCACGCGAGUCACGAGCUUGUCGCAGCUCAACCAGGUCGUCUUCCGCAACUACGCCAACGAGACUAUCAUGCGCAAGACCUUUUCGCUCUUCCCUGGUCUUGGAUAUGCUGCCGGAUACAAGAUCCUGCAACGUGUGUACAAGUAUGGUGGACAGCCGUACGCGAAUGAUAUUCUGUAUACUAGAUACGGUUCGACUUUUGAGGAGUCGUUUGGCAAGAAGAACGGCAAGGCUCUUUUGUCUGCCACAUCAGGAAGCUUGAUCGGAAUCGGAGAGAUCGUUCUCCUUCCUCUGGACGUGCUCAAGAUCAAGCGUCAGACAAAUCCCGAGGCGUUCAAGGGCCGUGGAUUCUUGAAGAUUAUCGCUGACGAGGGAUUCGGACUUUACCGUGGCUGGGGAUGGACUGCGGCCCGUAACGCUCCUGGAUCGUUUGCUCUGUUUGGAGGAAACGCGUUUGCAAAGGAGUACAUUUUCGGCUUGAAAGACUACGGCAGCGCGACCUGGGGCCAGAACUUUGUCGCGUCGAUCUUUGGUGCUUCGGCUUCGUUGAUUGUGUCUGCGCCGCUCGAUGUUAUCAAGACCAGAAUCCAGAACCGGAACUUUGAGAACCCGGAGUCUGGAUUCACGAUUUUGAAGAACAUGGCGAAGAACGAGGGACUCACUUCGUUCUUCAAGGGAUUGAUUCCCAAGUUGCUGACUACUGGACCCAAGCUGGUGUUUAGCUUUGCUCUCGCGCAGACGCUGAUCCCUGCUUUCGACAAGGUGCUCCCGAAGUAA